AUGGAAAUAGAUAAUAAUAAUAGUUAUAAAAUAGUUUAUUUAUCACAUUUGUUAUUAAAUAAUAUUACUAGAUAUCUUGAUACUCUAAAUAAAAUUAGAUUCUCUUUUGUUUGUAAAAGAUGGUAUCAUGAAAGAAAAUCUUAUUUGAUCUUUAGUGCUGAUGAUGAUGAUGAUAAAGGACUUGGUUUUCUUAAACUAGUUGGUCUAAAGUCAUUUAAAUCAAUACGAAUGCAUUAUGAUUUUCGUAUUUUAAAAAAUAGAACUUUAUAUGUAGUUAAUAGUCCAAGAUCUAAUUGUAUAACAAUCGAUCAACUUGAGAGAUCAAAAGUAAAAAAGUUGGUUCUUUCCUCGAGUAUUCAAAAUUUGAUGCCAGGUAGUUUACCAUCGGAUUUGACAGAACUUACACUGAGUAACUAUCAGUUCCCUUUGGAGAGUGGAGAUCUUCCUUCUUCGUUAAAGUAUCUAUCUUUAGAUGAUUAUUCAUCAUCAUUCUCGGUUGGUUCUCUACCGCCACAACUUGAACAAAUGCAUUUUAAAACAGCUCUUAGAAAUUUAGAGUUGGCAAAUGAUAGUGUACUGCCAAGAACAUUGACAACAAUAGAGAACUGUCCAUUUCAUUGGUUCAAGUUUCUAAGAAAUCUACCAUUGCUCACAACGAUUAUCUCGGAUUGCAAUAUACCAUUUUGGUAUUUGGAAGCAGGUGAUCUUCCACAGUCAUUGACAAGAUUGGAUAUCCUUUUCUCUACUAAAUUUAAUCCUGGAGUAAUACCAUCUUCGAUUAAACAUUUAUUUCUUUAUUCAGUGGAUCUAUCUUCAGAGGUAUUACCAAGAGAUGCACACUUUGAUUAUCUUGGAUUGUGUGAUACUACUUCACCUAUUCUUCCUGGUCAAUUACCACCAAACAUCAAAGAGUUCGAUUUAUUAAGAUAUAAUAAAAAUCUUGUUUCUGGAUCACUGCCAUUUGGAAUCGUAUCAUUAAAUCUUCCAAGUGUAGACUCCAAGUUUCUUGUUGAAGGAGUGAUUCCAUCCUCCACCAAAACACUUCAACUUUUUAAUCACAAGUCAAAAACCUAUUUCGACUCAUUUAAUAUUCUUUCGAUACCAAUCUCAGUUGAACACCUAAUUCUUGGUAACGAUAAAGUGGAUAUAGAUCUUCCAAAUCUUCCAGAUUCCAUCAAAACAUUAGAAUGUAGAAAACACCAUCUCAAGAAAUACAAUAUUGAAUCACUCAAACCAUCGAUCACAACUAUCAAGAUUAGAGGUGUUAAUGCUGCUCAUUUCUAUCGUAUUGAUCCAAUUUAUUUUAUCGCAAGAUCAUCAUCAUAUUUCAUAUUGGUCCAAUCAAAAGAUUGUAAUAAUAUUUGUACUGCCAAGAACAUUGACAACGAUAGAGAACUUCCUUCUCAAUGGUUCAAGUUUCUAAGAAAUCUACCAUCUCUUACAACUAUUGUCUCGGAUUGUAAUAUACCGUUUGGCUAUUUGGAAGCAGAUGAUCUUCCACAGUCAUUGACAAGAUUGGAACUACGUCAGUCAGAUACCAAAUUUAAGCCUGGAGUAAUACCAUCUUCGAUUAAACAUUUAUUCUAA